AGACGACGGAUUCUGAACUUGUUCCGCCGUGCCCACUAUGGUCGUGUUUUGUGGAAGCUACAUUAGAGUAUUGCCGCGUUGUGUUUGAUCUUUUCGAUGUUAACAACAACGUACAUCCGGUAUCCGUCCACGUCGCUGGCGUCCCACUAGAACGGAGCAUACUUAAUAAUUGGAAUGAACAAAAUCUAAAGCAGAUUGCCGAAAACUUUGCCUUCAUAUCACCACAUUCGGUUUCACCUUCGCCCGUACGAAUGUUAAACGCGUUGGAAAACUCGUUAAGAGCAUUCGAUCAGUCUAAAACUGAAAAACCGUUCAAUGCGAGAGUAGUGUUGAUUCUAAUGGCAAAGGGAAAUGAAAAGCAAUUUAGUUACCAGGAAACCGAGGAUCAAAAAGAAAGCGACCUUCGUAACAUGAUACGUGAUGUUGUUACACGGCGCGAGUCUCGAACAAAAGACAAUCCUUCUAAACUAGUGAAGUGUCACUUUGACAUCUUACGCGUAUUGCCAUCGUGCGAUUCAAUACCUCAAGAUGUACCAUACUCGAAGAUACCAAUUCCGAAUUCAUCGAUCGAGUUUUCGGUGGGUGUGUAUAAUAUACCCUCCCGGCGAAAGUAUCUCACCCUUUCCAUGCUUCAUCUGGUCCAGCUGCACCGCCAAUUACAUACUUUAAGAUUAUUGGAAGUUCCUAUGAAGAGAAGCGACAAUACAAAGACUACUUUUGAAAUCGAAUUAUUAUACCCAGCAGAUAAUCACUUGCCCCAUAGCAUUGCUAGGUCAUCUGAUGGUGAACCAAAACCACGCAUAUUUGAGCCAGAUCAUCUGAAGGAUCGACAAACUGUGGUCAAAUGGGUUAAAGCGAAACUUCAUGGAUUUGACGAGGCCGUUACUCGAUGCACUCAUCUGGUUACACCGAUUGACAUCGCUACACCAACUCGCGUAUUAAUAACAAGUUUGGUGAAAGGUGCAAUAUAUGCUCUUUGUGAUCCUUCCACCGGCUCAAAUGCUCGCGAUGAAAAUACUAGUCAUGGAAAAACACCUUUAUCACAUAUAUUAUUUUACCGAGAAGGCGCUUUAUAUGUACACUGCCAACACGUUAAUAACGGGCAAAACAAGCACCUUUUUGACGCCACGAAUUAUGAAGUUCCUAAUGAGUUUGUGAUCCCUUAUAAAGGCGACUUGUCCCCUUAUCUUUCGAUUUUUGAGAAGCAUGUUGUCAGACCAAAUCUCAAUCGAAGAAACCAAACAACUAAGUUUAUCAAGAUGCCAGAACUAACUUCUAAUGGUAGUAUUUUAACCACCCAAAGCUUAGAUAUUGAAACGCGCUGGGUUAAAUCCGUGCUAAACACGAAGAGUGACACUAUAGUAAAAUUACAGAGCAACCUUUCUCCAGGGACACCUGUAUACGAUAUAAUUUCUCAAUUGAAAAGCUUGUUAUGUACCGAGAGACCACCUGAUGAUUAUUUAAAAACAGCCAAUGACAUGUUGGACCGCUUGUUUGCUAUGGGAAGAGGCUCCGACACAUUCUUAAAUCAAAAAAAUGCGGUAGCACUACUGAAACAAGCUCCCACGGUUGCUGAAGCUUUUCGGUCCAUAACUACUCAACAUGCAGAUCUGUGCGAACUUUUUAAUGGACGCAUAAAACCUGAUGGGACCGAAAAUAAACAUCCGAAAUCGACAAUACAAUCGGAUCCGGCUCCGUCGUCAAUUGCUGAUCCUAUGAUCACUGUUAAAGAUGAAAAUAAUGUAGCAUGGCAACAACUUGAUAAUUAUUCUUCAAUGACAUAUAGGGAAAGACAGGACUUCUUAGAUAGCGCAGAUUCCUCCUCGUCUUCUCAGCAAGUACCUACCAGAAAUCGUUCUCUUUACCGCGGCAGAGGUGGUCUUAUUGGACGCCGUCACGAUGAUAAACAAUAUAAUCGUAGUUCCCCGACAUCGUAUUUACAAUACAAACUUACCGAUAAAAGAACUAUUAAAAAGGAACAGGAAAGAUAUAUGCAACGUUUAGGUGACUCGAGAUCACUCCUUUUUCAAUACUGGAUGGGCAAAAAGAAGAAUCGAGAAUCCAAGGUUUUACAACGAAAAGACUUUGAUGGAAGACUGCCUCCAAACGAACAGGAUGAUUAA